GCUGUAGUACAGGGACAGAAAGGUUGGGAUUUUCUAGUUCAAUGGAUCCUUCAUAGAAUCAGUCAAAAGAAGAGAAAGAAAAGUAUUAGAAAAUCUCGGAAGGGUCCAAGAUCUGAAUCUCUAGCACGUACUCCUACCUCUCAAGCAAUAGCAACAAGUGCAUCACACAGUAUAGAAGAAGAGGAAGGGACUUCCUUUACAAAGAUUGAUCUGGAGAAAAAUUUGACCGUGAAUCAUAUUCAUAGACUACAAAAAGGCCCAACAAAAAGUAGGAGUUUUCAAUUAUCACAAGAAUCGUUUCCAAUGAAGUCCUCAGUAAGUGCAGAAUCAAUUACACCUCACUCUAAAUGCCAUCAACAUAGACCUCGGCACUCGUACACUAGUGUUGAAAACAUUUGUGAAACCAACUUUAAUUUUUCUGCUUGCCAAAACGAGGGUUCUAGUAUUGUCAGUAUUCAUCCCACCCCAGAUGAGCAAACUCUAUCUGGUGGGUGUUCCUACCCGGCUAGUCUAGUGUCCAACAAUCCAGCUUGGAAGUAUUAUCAAUUACCAUCUUCUAAUCCUAGCCCUCAACCAACAUCUCAUCAUAGUUAUCAAACAACUGACUUUGAUUCAACCCAAUCAUUCCAUCGGAAAAGUUUUCAAUUAUUGGAUUUUAAAACACCUCUUUUAACAACUGAGUUUGAGUAUAACAUUCCACAAUCCUCCUCCAUCUACCCUGCUUCUCGUAGAAACUCUAAGACUCAAAAAAGCAAGAUAACUUGUCUAACAACUGAUGUUUAACUAUAAUGCCAAAUAUGUUCCUGUUAAAAUAAAGAAUGGGCUAAAAAUUCCAAAUUUCAGAUACUGUGUUUUGAUUAGUUAACUGUCAUAUUGUGGGGUUUGCAUUCCUGGAAUGGGUAGAAUUUAUCCUCUAUUUUAACUUAUGUUUUAAGGUACUUGAAGAGGCGGAAGCCAUGGUUAAUGAAUUACUUUGGAAUAACAAAUAGGUUAAUGAUCAUUAUAAUAGAUGUUGGUCCAAUAGUUGUUAAAUAGAAUUUGGGCCAAUAUUGAUAUUUUGUUUGAAAUUCAAUACAAAAUAAUUCUCCUGUGAACACAGAAAGUUUAGGUUAAUUUUCUAUUAUAAUUUGUUCUGCCCCUCAUAUAAAUGCUUUAUUCCUGAUCAACAUUUGUUAACUCAUUUUUAAUGGUGUAAAAAGGAUCUAUGUUAAUUUUAAAUCGCUCUCAAUUUAUAGAGUGGCAUGUCCAAUUCACAGUAAUCAUAUAAGCUUUGACUGCUCAAGAAUGAAUGAGAUAUGCACAAUAUUUUUUUGAAUAUUUAUUAUUUUGAAUUUUGACUUGCGCAUUUCUGUGCAGAAACAAGGCAGGAAACUGUCAGAAUCUAAAAAAUGUUAAGAAGAAAACUUUAUGUUCCCGGCCAUAACAUUGAUAUGAUAAAGCUCUAAAGAGUGCCAUUGUGAAUCAGGCAUGCUUAUUUUGAAUAGCCGGUCACAUGAAAUCAAAACAACUGUACCUUAAAAAACACAUAUUAACAGAUUAAAUAGUAAUUAGUAACUACUUAAUUUGUAUUACUAAAAUACUUAAAACCCAACAAAAUGAAAAGCAGGUAAUUUUUUCUAGCAAAUUAAAAAAAAACUUAAAAUGUAGUAUAUUCAACUUGAAAACAUCAUUUUCAGUUUUAAAACAAUUAUUAUUUCCUGAACUUUUAUAUUUAUCAAUUCAAAAAAGUAUUCUGUGAAUACAAAGGUUCAUUGUAAAACUGAGAACUUUGUUGCUAUUGCUUAAACAUGCACUCUACACAUAUGGUGUAUAUUAAAUUUGUAAACAGGGAUCAAAUUUAAUGAAUUUGAGAGGUUGAUCAACUAUUUAUCCUCAGUUUAAAUCCUGAAUUACUGGUUUACAUACAUAUGGUGUAUUUUAAAUUUGUAAACAGGGAUCAAAUUUAAUGAAUUUGAGAGGUAGAUCAACUACUUAUCCACAGUUUAAAUCCUGAAUUACUGGUUCACUACCAAAUUUAUUACCUAAAUUCAAUUAGUUCAAUAACUACUUACAACAAACUAAGUCCAUGGUUCCUGAAAAUUUGUAAAUCUUUAUAUUGAAGAUUGUGUAAUCUCUGACACUGUCCUGCAGUUUUAUUGCUCUCAAACUUUUCUGAUAUUAAGUUGAUUGAAAAGAAGAAUUUAAUGUAUCCUCAUGCAAAUAGUUUUAAAUAAAAAUGUAAUGUACACAACUUUAAAAUACUCAAAAUUCCAUAAAAAUCCCCAGACUUUUCAAGACUGCCCUUUUUUAACUAUAAUCUCUCUAAUCAAAAGUCUUUUAAGAAUGUUUCAAAUAAUUGAAGAGAAAUACAUUAAACUCUUACAUUUCUAAUAAACAAUAAUCAAACCAAAUAUAUUUUAUAAUCAUAAUUUUUACACUAUGAACAUCCUACCUUGCACUUUUCUAAGGUUAAAGGUCUAUAAUACAAUUAUCUUCAAAUUUGGCAAAAGAUUAAAAUAUAAUUUAAUAACAAGCUGACUGCAAAUAAUUGAGGAAUACAUUGUGUAAUUUAUCUCGAUGGUUGUAACAUGUUUUAACUCUGAUGGUUGUAACAUGUUUUUUUAUCUGUUCCCAAAAGAAAAUGUGAUAUUAAUAUGACUUUGUAAUGUGUAAAUCAAUU